GCACAAGGGUAUAUAUUUUAAAUUUUUUUAUUUCCUAGCACCAAACACAAGGAUCUAAGAAUUAAUGAGCAAACAGUCAUACAGGUUAUGUGAGGUAAAACAGCACUAUAUAAAUCUGAAAGCUUCUCAGCUUGUUCUCAGAUUCAUUACAAAAUAUAUUUUACUUUUUCUUAAUUAGUGCUACUAAUUUUUACUUUAGUUGUUUCGUAGUAGUUUGAUUUUAUGGAAACUCACAAUGAGUUCAAUGUAGAGUCCUUACCACAGAAGAAGUGGUGGGAUCAACGUUAUGUGUGUGAAAUGAAUGGUUUUUGGACGCUUCCUGAAUUUGUCCCAUAUACUGUUCGAGUCCUAAAUGAGUUCAAGCCACUUCCUAGUGAUGUAAUUUUGGCUUCUUUUCCCAAAACAGGGACUACAUGGCUCAAAUCUCUACUUCCUUCCAUCAUCUGGCGCUCUUCUAAAGAGUCAUCGUCAUUGGUCAAUCACCAUCCACAUGAUCUUGUUCGUUACCUUGAGUUUCCAGGCUCUCCUCCAUGGUUGUCGUCGUCAUCUCCAAAUGGUGAAUUAAUUAGUAGUAGUAGUAGUAGUGGUGGUAAUCAUCAUCAUGAUGAAGAGAUCACUGAUCCAACUAGGAGGAGGAUUUUUGCAACACAUCUUCCAUAUCAACAUUUGGAAAAUAAACUUGAUGCUAAUAAGCCAUGUCGAGUUGUUUACAUAACAAGAAACCCAAAGGAUACACUGGUAUCAAUGUGGCAUUUUGUUAAUAAAACUAAAGGGCCGGAAGAACACGACUGGCAACUUGAAGAUGCCCAAAAUACGUUCUGCUCUGGGAUAUUUCCCUUUGGACCUUAUUAUGAUCAUGUUAUGGGAUUCAAAAAGGCAAGCUUGGAGAAGCCUCACAAUAUUUUCUUCAUAACUUAUGAGGAGCUAAUGACUGACCCAAUAGUUCACGUGAAGAGAUUGGCUGAGUUUCUAGGGUGCCCAUUUGCUGAUGACCAAGAGGAGAGUGUGUUGGAAGUAGAGAAAAUAGUCAAGAGUUGCAGCUUCGAGAGUAUGACCAGCCAAGAAGUGAACAAAUCUGAGGAUUUUACUUCUUGGACGCCAGUUGCUUACAAUGCUUUCUUCAGAAAAGGUGGCAUUGGGGAUCAUAAAAAUUAUUUGGAUGCAAACACAAUUAAACGAAUUGAUGCAUUGACUAGAGAAAAGUUUCAUGCUGCUGGUUUCAUGUAUGGGAUUUAAUUAAUUAACAUGUAUUUGUAUCUUAUUCUAUUUCAUUUGCUCUUAUUAUUGCAAUUGCGUUUCACCAAAAUAAGACUUCUGUUUUUAUUUUCUUGUUCGUUUCCUUAUUAAUUUCCUUGGUCUCUUUGAGUUGUACUUUGUAAGAUGAGUUUUCUUUUAAUGUCAAAUCAAAUUCUUGUAUUUUAA